AAACCAAAUAUGCAUCCAAUACUGCUUCCAUGUCCCUUUUUCUAUUUUUAAAUUUGUAUUGGUUUGUCUCUCACCCUGAGCCUUCCCAAAUAUGCAUCCCCUACUGCUUCUAUGUCCCUUUUUCUACUUUUAAAUUUGUAUUGGUUUGUCUCUCACCCUGAGCCUUCCCAACAAAUAUGCAUCCCCUACUGCUUCAAUCGUUGUUUCCUUUGCUUUUGAUCACUUCCUUUCUUUCGGUCAACGUUGAGUUAAGUCUAGGCCAGGACAAUGAACAAUACGCAAACUGCGGUGAGGAUAUUAACUGCGGUGGCGUUGGAGGCAUCACGUACCCCUUCUGGGGAGUAAACCGAGCUAAUUACUGUGGUCUGCCAGGGUUCGGGGUCAAAUGCGUAGACAACACCCCCAUGAUCAACAUGUCGAAUAUCAACUACAGAAUUCUUAAAAUGAACUCUAUUGCUUCGUCUGUUACGGUUGCUAGGCAGGACUAUUGGAAAACUAUCUGUCCUCUUACUUAUGUCAACACCAACAUCAACUUCUCUCUGUUUAGUUAUACUUCUGAGGUUACAAACCUGACCUUUUACUACGGGUGCAAUACAAGUGUCCCAGGGCUUACUUCUAGUUCCCAAGUUUGCAGUACGAACAAAGGUAACAUCACUGUUUCGUAUGUCACACAAAGUCCCCCAAGUGAUCCAGUUGCUACUGGCGCCUGUAAAAAUGGGGUCAUUGUUCCGGUUUUUACAACAGCUGUUGUGGCUCUAGAGGCCAAUCAAAUGACUAUUGGCGAAGUAGUAGAUGGGGGAUCUGAAUUGGACUUGGAGAUUGAUGAUGAUCAAUGUAACCGUUGUGUGGAAUCAGGAGGGAAGUGUGGGCUUAACACUACUAAUGGUGGAUUCAGUUGCUUUUGCCAUGAUCAGGCCUAUGCAACCAUAUGUAAUACAACUUCACUCGGACGACAAGGUUCACGGAAAGAAUUGGCCGUAGGCAUUGCGGUUGCUGUUCCGUCGAUCAUCAUAAUCAUUUUUUUUACUAUAUGCAUAACAAGGAAAAGAAUAUUGGCCUUCUUCAAGAAAGAUAAAAGGGAUGAUGAGUUUGAAUUUGAUGUUGAGGCACGUAUUAGGAACUAUGGAUCGUUUACUCCAAAGAGGUAUAGUUAUGCAAAUGUCAAGAAAAUGACAGACUCGUUCAAAGAUAAAAUAGGUAAAGGUGGAUAUGGAACCGUGUACAAAGGCAGGCUACCUGAUGGCCUUCUCGUGGCGGUCAAAGUCCUAAGCGAGUCGAAGGGUAACGGGGAAGAAUUUAUUAAUGAAGUUGCUAGCAUUGGUAGAACUUCCCAUGUCAACAUAGUCACUCUUUCUGGAUUCUGUUAUGAGAGGGACAAAAGAGCUUUGAUUUAUGAGUUCAUGCCUAAUGGAUCUCUGGAUAAUUUCAUACAUAAGCACGGUUCUGAAAUGACAAAUUGUCGCUUAGAAUGGAAAACACUAUCUGAAAUUGCAGUUUGCAUUGCACGAGGACUAGAAUACUUACACCGUGGAUGUAACACGAGAAUUCUGCAUUUUGACAUAAAGCCACAGAACAUUCUUUUGGAUAAAGAUUUUUGCCCAAAAAUCUCUGAUUUUGGCCUUGCCAAAUUAUGCGAAACAAAGGAGAGUAUUGUAUCGAUGAUAGGUGCGAGAGGAACUGCAGGAUACAUAGCACCAGAAGUUUUUAGUCGGAGCUUUGGAGGCGUAUCUCACAAAUCUGAUGUGUACAGCUACGGGAUGUUGAUUCUUGAAAUGGUUGGAGCAAGAAAGAAUUUGGAUUCGGGAGUGUCUCGUACGAGUGAAAUAUUCCCAAAUUAUGUUUAUAAAGAUCUAGAGCUACACAAGGCUGAACAUAUAUUUGGGGAUAUAUCUGAGGAGGAAAAAGAAGUAGCAAGAAAGAUGGUAUUAAUAAGCCUGUGGUGCAUUCAGACCAUUCCUUCUGAUCGGCCAUCAAUGACCAAAGUUGUGGAGAUGUUGGAAGGACCCCUUCAUUCCUUGCAAAUCGCACCCAAGCCUUUCUUGUUUUCUCCUACAAUAGUUGCAGAAGACUCUGUCACCACAUCCCAAACCAUCUGAAACAGGAUAAGGCAAUUAGCUUCGUCAGCAGAUCUCUAUUAAUUAGGAAAUUCCAGCUAAGUUGUAAGAAAUUUGGCUUGGGAAAAUGAAACAGCUUUCAUUAUGAAGCUCCCCCCCACCUCAUGCAGGUUAUUCUUCAGUUUGCUGGUGAAUGGUUUGACAUCAAUAAGGUGACUAAUGUUAAUCAUGCUAGAGAGGUUAUCCAAGUUCUUUGGCAGCCUCCCUCCCUUGGAAAUGUUAAAUUGAAUGUGGAUGGUAGCUGCAAAAUCAACUCUGGUUUAAUAUGCGCUGGUGGGCUGCUGAGAAACGCAAAUGGAACUUGGAUUUGUGGUUUUUCAGCUAACCUCGGAUUUGGAACUAUUUUGGAGGCUGAGUUAUGGAGUCUACUCAGAGGCUUGCAAAUGGCUUGGGCUAAAAACAUUAGAUCCCUUGAUAUUGAGACUGAUUCAAUGACAACUGUCACCUUGAUAACCAAAACCUGUGAGCAAUCCCACCCUCUAUUCUGCUUGAUUGAAGACUGCAAGGACUUAAUGCAUCGCAACUGGAGUUGCAACAUCUCUCAUAUUUACAGGGAACAAAAUAGAGCUGCUGACCUGCUUGCCAAUAUGGGGCAUGAGCUUCCUUUGGGUAUGCACCACUAUGAUUCUGCUCCUGAUCAUCUUACCAGCACUUUGCGGGAUGAUGAUCUAGGGAGGGCCUAUGAUAGGGUUGUGCCUGUUUAGCUUUUCUUCUUUGGCUUCUGCCAUCCUUGUAACCAAAAAAAAAACAGCUUUCAUUAUCCGAAAUGAGAAUGUAAACUAUUUUUUUAUUAA